AUGUCUGCAGAACAGAAAAACAGAACGAUUCCUCCUGGUGUAACCAACAACGCCAAACGCACCAUAACAAACAAACUGACCGGAGAGACAGUUACGUGGAACAAAUUUGGCUAUGAGACCAACGGGGAGCGAUCAGAGGCCACACUUGUCGUCGGGCCUGGCGGUGGGCCACCUCUCCACUAUCAUACCUCGUAUGCAGAGAAAUUUGAGGCUCUCAACCAGACGUUAGGAGUUUCAUUAAAUGGCAAGGACAUCUAUAUCCAUCCCGGGGAAGCCGCUGAUGUCCCGGUCGGGGCUCCCCAUCGCUUUUUCAAUGAUACGGACGAAGACAUCACUUUCAAAGGGUCGGUCAUUCCCAGCCAUGAUGGAUUCGAAAGGAGCCUCUACAUCCUCUUCGGACUCUGCAAUGAUGAUCUCUCCGACCCAAAGACUGCUCUGCCGAAGAGCAUUCUUCACACUGCAAUUGUUGCUGACAUGGGCGACAUGCGCUUUCCGGGGAUUGCGGGUGUGGCGACAAACUAUUUGCUUAAGGGAUUGGCCGCAUUUGCGAGGUGGCGCGGUAUUGAAGAAGAGCUGCUGAAGAAAUACUGGGAUUGA